AGGGAGGAGGGGGGAGAAGGAGGUCGAGAUGGCGGAUUCCGGUGCUGCUGCGGGCGGUUGCGCACUUCUCGGUGAUUCCGGUGCUGCUGCAGAUGGUGAUGGGAAGCGGAAGAACGAAGAAGUGGAGGGCGAGUCGCAGGAGAUGAGGAAUGCUGUGGAGCGCGUGACGAAGACGCACCUGCAGGAACUGAGGAAGGCCGUGAAUGCGCUGACACAAGGAGUGGCCAAGCUCUUGCGGACAAGCUGCGACGGAAAGAAGAUAUGGGAGGCACUGAUCACCGUGUGGGAUGCUGCUGUACCAGACGGGACUCACAUGGACCUCAGCGGCAUCUCCUGCCUCACUGACGCUGCUCUCACUCGCCUCGCUUCCUUCGACCAGCUCACGACCGUCAUUCUCAGGGGAUCCUCGGGCUUCACAGCAGCAGGCAUCAGGGAGCUCUUCUCUCUCACCGGCCUUGAGUGCCUGGAUUUAGCAGGUUCCAGCACAACGGACGCUGCUCUUGACGGCAUUGACAACCUGAAGAGUCUGCGCACCCUGGCUCUGGACGACACCAAAGUGACAGAUGCGGGAAUAACGAAGCUGCUGCGAUUGCCUGCACUCAGAGGAUUGGGCAUCAGUGGAUGUGUGUCUGUCACAUCUGCCAGCAUGGUGCACGUGGGGAAACUGACAGCGCUUGAAUGCCUCACACUCCAUGAAAGUGGAGUGAGGGAGGAUAGCCUGCAGCACUUGACUGCCCUCACCUCACUGAGUAGCCUCACUUUGCCUCCGGGAGUGACUGACUCUGGCAUGAAGUAUCUGAGGAAUAUGAAACGCCUGGAGACGUUGGGGUCUUGGGAUGCUAACAUCACUGCAGCAGGGGUUAACUGGCUCAAAGGCCUUACGUGCCUCCGGAGGAUUGCGACACAAGCAGAAGACGUGGAAGGAUUCGUUAGGGACGCGUUCCCCGGAAUGAUUGUUACUCCAGGUCCACUUUAGAAGCGGUGAUGGGCCCUUUGAUUUUUGAAUUGGGUAACUGGUCUGGAUGUGCAACGACCUGGUUCAUGCACGGGUAUCGUACCGUAACUAUGCCAUCUAGUCAUAUGUAUUAGUUUAAUCUUGCAAUAACCGAAGAAUGUUUUG